GUGAUCUCGCAUAAUCUCGCUCGCUCCAGGAAGCUUUGUCUGCCAUUAUUGCUUCAGGCAAAUUGUAUUAUAUUCCAGUUUAUUUACUAAAUUAGGCGAAUUUGAAUUGUUUAUCGCGUGAAACCAUUAUAGUAAACCACAGUGGGAUUCACAGAAAGAUAUGGCAACGGCCGCAUUAUCGCCUGGGCCGUCUGGAUCUGCAGGCACACCUGAUAGUGGUAAAGGAUCCAGGAAAAGAAACCGAGGAAAAGAGUCUGAUGAUGAAGACAGCCAGGGAGGAUCUUUCGGCAACAAUCUGGAGCAAGCUGAUAAAGAGAGGUUUGCUAGUACGCUACUUGCCAGAGAGAGUCACUGUGAGAUCGAACGGCGGCGGCGGAACAAGAUGACAGCUUACAUCAACGAACUAUGUGACAUGGUGCCCACCUGCAGCACCCUGGCCCGGAAACCAGACAAGCUGACCAUUCUCAGAAUGGCAGUGUCACACAUGAAGACACUAAGAGGCACUGGCAACACUAACACAGAUGGAUCGUACAAGCCAUCAUUCUUGACAGACCAGGAGUUGAAACAUCUUAUUCUCGAGGCUGCAGAUGGGUUCUUGUUUGUUGUGCAGUGUGAUACAGGUCGUAUUAUCUAUGUGUCAGACUCCAUCACACCUGUCCUCAACCAAUCACAGUCUGACUGGUUUGCAAAUGUCUUGUAUGACCUUGUUCACCCUGAUGAUGUGGACAAAGUGAGAGAGCAGCUUUCUACAACCGAAUCUCAAAACACAGGACGGAUCCUAGAUCUCAAGACCGGUACUGUGAAGAAAGAAGGCCACCAAUCAUCAAUCCGCCUUUGUAUGGGGUCUCGUCGUGGCUUCAUCUGUCGUAUGAAAAUGGGCAAUGUACAAGUCGACCCAAUGACAGCUAAUCACACAGUUAGGAUACGACAGAGAAACACCUUAGGACCCUCCCAUGACGGCAAUCAUUACUCUGUUGUCCACGUCACAGGAUACAUCAAGAACUGGCCACCAUCAAAAAUGCUGGUUACAGGUGUCCAGAUAGAUCGCCAGGAUGGUGAUGAGCAUGGCGGAAGUCAUUGUUGUCUUGUAGCCAUUGGUCGCCUCCAGGUAACUAGCACGCCCAACUGCAGUGACAUGCUUGGACCUAAUGCGUCCUCGGAAUUUAUAUCACGGCACAGUGUAGAUGGAAAGUUCACGUUUGUGGACCAAAGAGUAACAGCUGUGCUGGGUUAUCAGCCUCAAGAGCUGCUAGGAAAGUCUGCCUUUGAUUUCUACCAUCCUGAGGAUCAAGCUCAUAUGAAAGACACAUUUGAUCAAGUGCUGAAGUUGAAAGGGCAAGUGAUGUCGAUCAUGUACAGAUUCCGAGCCUCAAACCGAGACUGGGUGUGGCUCCGCACCAGUAGCUUCAGCUUCCAGAACCCCUACACUGACGAAGUCGAGUACAUUGUCUGCACAAACUCAUCAGCAAAGAGUGUCCAGCAAGGUCCCUCCGCUGCAAUUCCGAACCCAGGUGAUCAGUCUGCGGAACCCACUCCAACCAUCAACACAUAUCCUGCCAACCGCACCAUGCCGACAGACAUCAGGAAGGAUUACAAUGAGGCCCCGUCUUAUCCCUCCGACACCAGCCGUUUUAUUGCCCCUGAUGUGUACUCCCAAUACCAGCAGCCCACAAUUAGGUACCCCAGUCAUUCUUCCAGCAUGGGUCUGUCCCAGACCUCCACAGUGCCUUCUGUAGGACCGGGGAUCAUGAGGAGGAGCCCCGCCCAACCGGCUGGCUGGUCAGGUGCAUAUUCCAGAGAGAGUGGACCAGACUACAUCGGGGCUGGAGCAGGAGCUCCCCAGGGCUACAGUCAGAUCAGCCCCAACACCAACUCACCAGUGGGUCCCAGCACCGGUAGUGCCAUCCCAGCAGGUGCCCCAUCCUGUCAACACCUCGCUUAUCGGUCCUCCUCCACAGGAAACCCCACCCUCUGGGGACAGUGGCAGCAGGGGACGUCCGGUGAUGUGGCAGCAGCGGCGCAGGCAGCAGCAGUGCAACAGCAGGCGCAGCAGCAGGCACAGCAACAGGCACAGCAACAGGCACAGCAGCAACAGGCACAGCAGCAUCAAGGACAGGAGGAGUUCAGUGACGUGUUCAGAAUGCUGGAUCAACCGGCCUCAGAAUUCAACGACUUGGGAAUGUUCCCCAACUUUACAGAAUGAAUGCAAGGGAUUUGGGGAAUUUCUAGGGACUGUAUGAACAAAGUGGGAGCCUGAUGGUCGACACAUGGGUACCAGUGAAUUGGAAGACAGUAUUCAUUGAGAGUAUUGUGUGCAGUGUUGCCAUCCAUGUGGAUGAAAUGGGAAAAUAUUUUUGUUUGGACAAAUUGAACAUUUCAAAGUUGGUCACAUGGUAACUAGCAGUACUGAAUAUCUUCAAUCUGGGUAACACAUGGCAGCGUUUCUGUGGUGAUAUAUUAAAGUAAUUUAUUUAUGAAAGUGAAGAUUGCUGGUGAUAACUUAUUAAGGUGAUAUGAAAUAAGCAUUACUGGUUCCUCUUUUGCACCAAUUUACAGAUGAUUUUGUUGUAUGGUACAAUGAGAUACCAUGAAAUUGUGUAGCCUCUCUCAAGAGAAGGUUGGCAAUGAUCGAAAAAAAGUGACUGACAUUCAGUGAAGACAGUAUCAUAUCAAGAAGUUCUGAAAUGACUAAAAAAAAUUAUUUGAGAUAGGGCUGUAUUAUUUUGAAAUGCUUCAUAAUGACAUCUCUAUCAUUAGAAAUAAGUGGCUAAUUGAGAAACUAUUUGAUACAAUGUCAUGAAAGAGUUUUGUUAUCUUUUUGAAAAUUGUUUUCUGGUUCUGAUUAUUUUGAUUAUAUGUUUACUUUUAAUGGUUUGCUUCUUGAUGCUAAUGAAUACAUCAUACUCAAUGUUUGUUCUAUUUUUGGAAAUGUUUCCCAAUGUGGUUUGUCUUUUUAGAGAAAUGCGAGGAAAUACUUGUUGAUUGUUCAUUUAAAGGUUUUAUUAACUCGCACAAUCCAGUUUUAUGGAGUCAGAAAAUUCCUUGUUACCUUUAUAUCACAUUAAUGGAAAGGCAGUUUUGGGGAAAUGUUUAUUUAAUAUGAUUUGAACAAUCAAUACGCAUAAUUUCUGAUCACAUAAUGCCAGAUGGUGACCCUCUCUUAUGCUGUUAAUAAGAGUCACACAGAAUGGGCAUGUGAUGCACAUGGAUGUAAAGAAUCGACAGUCAUCUACAGUCACAGACCUUUUAAGCUUGUCGUCUAAAUCAGUGUUGUUUAAUUCUGUUGAAAUAUUUAUCCCACCUAUAUUUAGUGUUAUACAUUUUAUUUCUCUAGCGAGAGAAAGGUGUAUGUCAGUAUUCAAUAUUUAAUUUGAAAACAUGUUUUAUCUGUUUUACAUUGUAUGAUUUGACUAUUGCUAAACGAUAUGAUUUGUUCACAGGCACUUCACUGCAAGUAGUUUGUACUGUCAAGACAAAUGUUAAAGGUAUUGAAGGAAAAGGGAUGUGUUUCAGUGCAACUGGGCUAUGGUUGCAGGCACUGUAUUGCCCCUGAAUAUAGCCAGAGUAUCUGACAAGGGGCUUUAGUGGCUAUCUUGCCCAAAUGAGAUUGACCAAAACAUCCCUUUUAGCCCUGAACUAACCACAGGUGUAUUGUUAGAGUCAAAAUGUGGACAUAUUCCAUCUGAGAUGGAGUGAGUGAGUAAAGGGUGCUUUAAGCCGCAUCAGCAAUAUUCCAGCUAUUCGUGGCUAGCAUCUGAGAUGGAUAACAAUUUCCUGAUAGCUAGAAAGACAUUUUGGGGGUUAUUUAUAUUAUUGUUUUAUUGCAAGUAAAACGUACAAUGGUAGAAUAUAACCAGGACAAACUGUAUUGGUAUCCUGAAGAUUAUGUGGCAACAUUGUAGGUGUGCAAUCUCAAAUAUUAUGUGAUUUUUUAAGAAAGCUUUAAUAGAAUUGACCACAACAAUUCAUGUGAAACAUGUAGACAGUGUUUAUAGUAUUUUGUAUCAUCUAUUGAAGUUGGAGUAUAUUUUUGUACUUGUUUCUGUUUGGAUUAGAAAUGUUUUUAAGUGCAUUUACCCUCAUUUAUCACCAUUUAUAGAAGCAUGCAGUACAAGCUUGGACUCCGACAAGGACGUUUGUUUGAAUUGUUGUUGUUGCACAUGAUACCAUAUUGGAUAGUAUGUGCCAUUUAUAUAUAUUUUAUGCAAUUUAGAUAUAUAUGCUAUGGAUAUUUACAAUAUUAUAUUUUGCAUUACAUACAAGCUACAUUAUAUCACAAUCUGUCAUGUUUGGCUCAUUUUCUUGCAAGCCACCCUUUAUUUCAUCACUGCGUUGAUUCUUUUCUCAGACAAAUGUUGCAUAUGGGAUUAUGCAGCAUGGCUGCUUAAAGUACUAUUUUAUAUUUGAGGAGCUUGUCUUAAGCUAUAUGCAUACUGCCUAUUUUGGGGUCUUAAAGAUACACUUACCUCCAUUGUCUUUACAUGCCAACAAAAUAGUUGUUUGUUCAGGUCCUCCUCCAUUGGAACUGCCUGUAGAAUGUCUGUCUGUAGUUUUUAUCGUUAGGACUUGUCUCAUGGCUGCUGUUCAGAGCACAAAAUUAAUCAAAACAUAACAGUGGCUGUUGGGAAGAUUUGACAUAAUUUCAUGUGAUUUAACAGGUUGUACAAAUACUGCACUUUAUAUAUCCUGGAAGAGUGGUUAGUGUAGUGGGUAACUGUGAGGAAUAUGUGAUGAGAGAUGUGUAACAUGGAUGUGUUGGAUGAGCUGAAAUGUCCGACAUGGCCUCCUCACAGCAAAUGGUAAUCAUUGUAAAAAAAACUAGCAGCCCUCAUCAGAUCAGAUAAAUGUGGCACAGUCAGAAUGGCAACAUGUCAUAUCAACAUGAGCAGUUUGCAGUUCCACACCAACAAAUGGCACCAACCGAGAUGCACGUCAGAUUUAUAGUGCUAGCCCACUGACAUACCAUGCUGUAGUUUAACAUGGAUACCCACUCUGUGUACUGACUCCAGUCCUUGUUUUGCCCACUUAAAGCUGGGAACCAGGUAGAGUAACAAGAACCAUCUUUUAAGUCAUUUUGUAUGAUAUGGCAACCUGCUCUUGUCCGGGCAGACACUACAGUAGGUAGGGCUGGGGUUUGACAGCACAUUGUACAAGCCAACGCUGAGUAUACCCUGCUGUGAUAUGGCUGGAAUAUUGGUAGUACAAGGGGCAUAAAAGUAACUCACUCACUCAUUAUGGCAUGAAGCAUUUGAUGCCGACAUGUUCAGCUUGUCUUGUACUUCCAUGUUAUCAUGUGUGUUGUUUUUGUUAUUGGUUGUACUGGGUUGUAUCCGUCUUCAGUAGCGUCUAGUCACAAUGUUGUACAGGUUGUCCUAAGUGCUCCUCACCUUUAGCUGGUUUUAGUAAUGUAAAUAGAAGAAGGGUAGAGAUUAUAAAGUUUAUGGUUAUUUGAUGGAGUUCUAUGAAUUAGUGCUUAUAGUAUCAUCAGAAUUUUACUUUGUUGAUCAGUUAAUUCUCCACUACUCAGGAUUUUAAACUGAGUUGAAUAUGAACAUAUCAAUUGAAUUGAUAUUACCAAACUUUCACAUACGGUUUUGUGGUUAAUGCAGAAAGAAAAUUGUCACCUUUGACUCUGAGUGACAAAAUUCUACAUGAUCCACAUUGAUGGAGUGAAAAAUAAAUUCUUUCCAUUGUAGCCAAAAUUGUCCCCUUCGACACUGCAUUAGUAUGAAAAUUAGACCUCAUUUUUUCAUAUACAUCACAGUGUAUAUAUUGUUUCUGUACAUAUGACUCAUUUACACUGAGAAGUUCUUUAUGUGUAUCAUACACAGCCCAACUAGGAGCCUGGAACUCUGUGUCACCUAGAGUUAAGGAGCUCACACCUUUGUCUUAUAGUAAGCCCAUAAUAAAGGCAUGUUAUUCUGUUUUAAUGUCUCAAGUCUUCAGAUCUCACCCUAUCCUGUUUUCUAUGGGGCAGCAUGUAUCUGACUCAUGGAAUCAGCGUAAUUAACCAUGUCUGCAUUAUAUAACACUGCUUCGGACAACUGUUGCCUUGUGACAACCUAGCAGUACUGAAGUUUCGAGAAUUCUGUAAGUGAUAUUCAUUCUUUGACAAGGAUAAUGGAAUUAAAUAAAUGAAUUGAUACAAAGUAUCCAAUAAGUGUGUAAUCUCAGUUGAAUGUCGGACAAUUGCACAUACACAUGCAGACUAUGAUAACGAGAAUGACAAAGCAUUCAGUUUGAGUGUAAUUUUGAACAUAGCUGUAGCGUUAGUGUGGGGGACAUGCCUCUGUUGGAGUAAUCUUGUGAGUUAUGUGAUCCGAGAAGUUUGGUGUUACUUCUCACCAUUAUCAUACUGUCUUCAUGUAGUCAUAUCGUCUCUUUCUCUUAAUAAAACACUGGCUGUGGAA